AUGCCAAAUGUUGACAGUGUGAAAGUGGCAGUUCGAGUGAGACCUUUCAGUCAGAGGGAGAAGGAUGCAGGAAGUAAGUGUGUGAUUUCUAUGAACUCCAACAGCACAAGCAUAUAUGAUCCUAGGAAUCCAGGGCACAUGAAAACCUUUACUUUCGAUCUGGCGUAUUGGUCUCAUAGUGGCUUUCUAAAGGACACAAAUGGUAUGCUCGUUUCAGCAGGAUCCAACAAUUAUGCAGGCCAGAGAGAGGUCUUUCGUGAUUUUGGUGAAGGAGUGCUGGAGAAUGCCUGGCAAGGUUACAAUGCCACUCUCGUAGCUUAUGGUCAGACCGGCUCAGGAAAGAGCUAUUCCAUGAUCGGAUAUGGUGCAAACAGAGGCAUAGUUCCAGUUGUGUGUGAAGAGCUCUUCAAAGCUAUUCAGAAUCAGGAAAAGAACAAGCAAUACCAGAUUGCUUUCAGUAUGCUGGAAAUUUAUAAUGAACAGGUAACAGACUUACUCUCUAAAACAAAGAAGCCUGGUGGGCUCAAGAUUAGAGAAGACCAGCAACAAGGUUUUUAUGUCGAUGGUCUGAGGCUGGUGCCUUGUGAUAAUUAUGCACAAAUUGAGAGGUUAAUGGAACAAGGGAAUAAGAUGAGAACAACAGCUAGAACCACCAUGAAUGCUACCAGCAGUCGAUCUCACAUGGUCAUCACGGUCCGAUUCAAACAGAUUUUUCUAGAUGAAGCAAUCACUAAAGAGUCAAUUAUAAACCUGGUGGACUUGGCAGGAAGUGAAAGGCAAAAAUCCUCAGGAUCUGAAAAAGACAGAUUGAAGGAAGGAACCCGUGUUAAUCUAAGUUUAACCACAUUAGGAAAUGUCAUCAGUGCUCUGGCUGAUGUAGCUACUGGAAAGAAAGUAUUGCAUAUUCCAUACAGAGACUCGGUUCUUACUAAACUCCUGCAAUCUGCUCUGGGCGGAAAUAGCAGGACAAUUAUGAUUGCAGCUGUAAGCCCAGCAGACAUCUGUUAUGAAGAAACUUUGUCAACCUUACGAUACGCUGAGAGGACAAAAAAGAUCAGGAACAAAGCAGUGGUAAAUGCAAGUCCCACGGAGAAGCUUAUAAGAGAACUGAAGGCUGAAAAUAACCACCUACUGUCCAGACUGGCUGGGCUUGGGAACGCAGGCACAUUAGUAGCUGAUGGAACACAAGAGCAGCGGUGUUUGCUGGCUGAAAACGAGCGGUGGAUUGAGAGCGCUCAGGUGGCGUGGGAGGCUCGGCUGGAGGAAGCCCGGGGGGAGUGGGAGCAGCAGUACGCUGCAGCCGCUCAGGUGUUUGUGAAAGCAGGCAGUGUUGAUAUGAAUCAAUUAGCCAUGCCGAAGUAUGUCAGCAGAAGGCUGGCACACGAGAGACGGAUGAUGGAAACAUUUCCUUAUCUCUUGAAUAUCAAUGAAGACCCCCAGCUUUCAUGGGUUGUCAAGCACUUCAUUCAGGAUGGUUCUUGCGAUGUUGGUCAAUCUGCCUCAAAUGCAAUAAUCCUAAGGGGUUUAGGCAUUUUGGACAAACAUGCAACAUUUACAAAUGCUGAUGGCAAAGUUACCUUGACACCAGGAGAUAAGUGCAAAGUCACUGUGAAUGGUGUACCCAUCACCGGGAAAACAAAGCUGCAGCACUUGGAUCGUGUUAUUUUGGGAUCGAACAGUGCUUUCCUGUACGUUGGGCCACCUGCAGAACGAACAGACGAGGACAUGAGCAGAUACGAUUAUGAUUUCUUUCAGUCAGAGUUGGCAGCAGCGGAAGGCUUGAGCGUGGAUAAACUUGGUGCUGCCGGCAGUAAGGACAGCAGAGCAGACCCCAGCGUCCUUGCUGUGUUCCAUGAUUAUAUCAAGCUCAUGCCACUGGUAGCUGAAGUAAAUCAGAUGAGUGAGGAGCUGAAGAAGGAUCUCACAUUUGAACUGAAGGUAAAAAAUCUAGCUUCAUCGGACUCCAGAGGAUAUGACCUACAAAAGGAAAUAAUAGUAAAAGUGACGCACGUAACUACUAAUCAGGUGUGGGUAUGGUCAAAGGCCAAGUUCGUUAAUAGGAAGCUCCUAAUGGAGGAGCUUUACCAGCGUUUUCGGGAAGGUGGCGACACGCACGUGAAUCAGGACAGUGAUCCGUUCUGGGACCCGGUGGAGGUUGUUCAUGUGGGGUCUGCUCACGUCUGGCUUCAGUCACUGGCGUACUGCGUGCAGCUGGAGGAGCAGACCGAGCUGCUGAAUUCGGAGGGGCUGGAGGAGGCUGUCGUGCUAGUAAACCUGUCUCCGUGCUCCAGAGACGGGAGAAUCCUUGGGGAAGACGAUAUGGUCAUUGAUCCCUUGGAGCUGCUAGGAAGAAGGGUGGAUUUCCAGAUUCGCAUCGUAGAGUGCCUUGGAGUCAAAUGGCUGCAAGAUGCUGCGGGAAGAGGCAUUCAGAUAGGGUACAGAGUUUAUGAUCUUUCACGGUCCUUAUAUACAAAGCCUAUCUGGAAAAAUAUGAAUCCAAAGAUAGAAGAAACAGUCCACUUUUCAGCUCUAAAUGCAUCCUACGAGUUUUUGAAUUAUUUACAGAAAAAUGCUUUAAUUGUUGAUCUGUGGGGACUUCAAGAAGGUUGCACAGAGAUGGACUACUCCUUAGAUGGUCUUCUGCUCACACCUGAGGGCACCGUUAUGGUUGACAAUCCUAAAGCUUUGACUGCAAACGAUGCUAGUCUGGAUACAGCCAACUACAUGUCCGAACUGUACCAGAAGCUGCUGCACAUGGAAGAAGAGAUGGAGCUGCUGAGAGAGAUCAAUAAAGCUUUAAGAGAAGAAAAUUUACUUCUUAAGAACAAGCUACAGUGGGAUACAAGGCACCAUGCAAAGACAAAAUCAGAGUCACCUACCAAUGCAGUUAAGAUGAAACAGUCUCUGUCAUUGAGAGAAUCUGAAACAAUCUGCAGUCCUCGGACCAGCUGCGAUGCAGAAUUUGCUAAGGCCCUUAAGAUCUUCUAUCAAAAUAUGAACGUAGUAAGACAGCAAUUUCUUCAGUUGAAGCACUUCAGGCCACCGCAGGAAGAUAAUCUGCAGAUACUACGUCUUUUUACAGAGAGACGGUCACAGCUGAUAAACAAUUUUGGGAAACAACUGGAGUCUACGAUCUGCAAGCUUAAAAGUGAUGUUGCUGUUAUAGUUAAGAAGAAGCAGGAAUACAUAGCAUGUAGCAGAUCUUGA